CAGACCGCAUCGAUAAUCUUUCAGCGUACACACUGCCGUGCAGUUGCAGCGUCAUUGUGAGAACUGUUUGAAUGAAGUUCGGUGUAGCUGCUAGCUAGCUAGACAGAAACCUAUCGUAGCCAACUGCACCCGACAGCGAAUUCGCGCCCCGGUGACUGGAAUUUGAGAUUAUCAAUCAAAACUGCCUAUAAAAUGCCCGUGUUUACAGUGAAUGUGAAAUGGGGAAAAGAGAAGUUUGAUGCAAUAGAGCUGAACACAGAAGAACCUCCCAUGGUCUUCAAGGCUCAGCUCUUUGCCUUGACAGGGGUACAACCAGAGAGACAGAAGGUUAUGGUCAAGGGAGGCACACUCAAGGACGAUGACUGGGGAAACAUAAAAUUGAAGAAUGGGAUGACUCUGUUGAUGAUGGGCUCAGCAGAGGCCCUGCCCGAGGAGCCUGCAGUCCGGCCCAUGUUUGUAGAGGAUAUGACUGAGGACCAGCUGGCCUCAGCUAUGGAGAUGCCUUGCGGACUGACCAACCUGGGCAACACCUGCUAUAUGAACGCUACAGUGCAGUGUCUUCGCUCCGUGCCAGAGCUCAAAGGAGCCCUCAGAAGGUACGCAGGUGCUCUGAGGUCCUCAGGGGCCAACGCACCAUCCCAGCACAUCACAGCAGCCCUCCGUGACCUCUACGAGACCAUGGACAAGACUUCCUCCAGCAUACCCCCAAUCAUCCUGCUGCAGUUCCUGCACAUGGCUUUCCCCCAGUUCGCUGAGAAGGGAGACCAGGGACAGUACCUUCAGCAGGAUGCCAACGAGUGUUGGUUGCAGAUGAUGCGGGUUCUUCAGCAGAAGUUGGAGCCACAAGACCCAGAAGCUCCCAUGGAGACUGACAGUGAGAGUGGAGCUGCUGCUGUCGCUGCCAAGAAGAACUUCAUCGACCAGUAUUUUGGAGUGGAGUAUGAAACCACUAUGAAAUGUACAGAGUCUGAGGAUGAGGAGCCAGCUAAAGGUAAAGAGAGCCAGCUUCAACUCAGCUGUUUCAUCAACCAGGAGGUCAAGUACCUGGCCACCGGCCUCAGGCUGAGACUGCAGGAAGAAAUCACCAAGCUGUCUCCAUCUUUGCAAAGAAAUGCCCUGUACAUAAAAUCUUCUAAAGUCAGCCGCCUCCCGGCCUACCUGACCAUUCAGAUGGUUCGCUUUUUCUACAAAGAGAAGGAGUCUGUCAAUGCCAAAGUCCUAAAGGAUGUCAAGUUCCCGCUGAUGCUGGAUGUGUAUGAGCUGUGUACCUCUGAGCUGCAGCAGAAGAUGGUGGCAGUCAGGUCAAAGUUUAAGGAGAUUGAGGACAAGAAGCUGGAGAAACAGUCACAGAAGCAGGUGGAGAAGGUGGCAGACAAACCGAAAGAAGUGAAAUAUGAGCCCUUUUCAUUCGACGACGACCUGGGCUCCAACAACAGCGGUUACUACGACCUGCAGGCAGUGCUGACACACCAGGGCCGAUCCAGCUCCUCCGGACACUAUGUCGGCUGGGUCAAGAGGAAAGAAGAUGAGUGGGUGAAGUUUGAUGACGACAAGGUGAGUGUGGUGUCUCCAGAGGAUAUACUGAGGCUGUCCGGUGGAGGAGACUGGCAUAUAGCCUACGUCCUACUGUACGGACCCCGACGACUGGAAAUACUUGAAGAAGAGAAACAGUAACCAACCUAAUGCAAAAAAAAUAAUAUUCUAACCAACCAAUGCCAUUUCCAAGCACUGUCUACUCUGCAUAGAUGUGCAAUAAAUUCUGGGUAUCUUUAAAAAUGGAUGACCUUUAAUUUUUUGUUUUUGUAACUUCUUGACACAUAUGUUUGUGUGGAGUGGAGGAAGUUUAUUAUUAUUGAGCCAGGCAAUCUCUGGACUGGAUCAUUGAGAGGUUGAGGUUCUAGUUCUGCAGUUUCAUUAAUUAAAUGUUUUAUACACAUUGUAUAUUUUUUAAAGCCUUGAACAAGGUGCUCAUGUCAUAGUACUUCUCUGUAGUCAUAUAACUAAUCAGCUGUACAGAAAGUCUUUGGCCAAGUUAUCUAAUCUGGAUCAGGUGUCUUUCAAGUUACCCUGUACCUUUAAUUCAAAUGUAUUGGAGACAUCCCCUAUCACCUACAGUACCCACUAUUCAAACCAUAACGAAUGCUUACGCCCCCUCGCCUGUCAGAUCUCUUUGGGAAACAAAAUGGUCUUGCACAUUGCUUUCGUCAUUGUAGUUGGUGAUUUCUCAUCAUACAAGCGGUUCAAUGCUUGUCUCUCAUACAUGCAGUCAUUAUCCUGACUGCCAGCCAACUGAUGGCUUUUCAUAAAUGGUCAAAAUAAACUUCUACCAAACCAUG